AUGACUCAAGUACGAAAUAAACGUCGAAAUGAACGUCUUAGACCAGCACAUGAUAUAAUUGGUGGUGAAAACCAUAAUGAUUAUCCUACUCAAACAUUAUUCGAAGAAAUUAAAGAAAAAAAAUUGCCAUUUGUAAGUAAUAUUGUUAUCAUCGGUCGUUUACGAGAUACUUGGGAUAAACAAUCUGAACUUGGAGAGUAUUAUCAAAAAUUUAUAAGUUCAUUAUCAAGUAUUAUUGAAAAAGGUCUUGAACAUCAUGAACAUAAUACACCGGAUAGCUAUAAUACGCAACAUGCUACUGGUCUCUUACUUAUUUUUCCAACUCUUUUUGUUCAUUGUCUUGAAGUAACAAAUCCAGCAUUAAAACUUGUUCUUGAAGAUCUUAAUCAAUCAAUUAAUACUCAAGAUGGGCUUAUUCGAGAAGCAUCUAUUCUUAAUAUAUCAUAUAAUAUUAAAACACGUAUUUAUCCAAAUUGGACUUUUAAAAGUAUUAAAUUAGCUGUUGAAGACCUUGAUGCUCAACCGGCGGAAACAACAGAAACAAUUGCAUUAGAAGUUCUUGGUAAAUUAUUACGAUUAGCUAAAUAUCAAGCGGAAGAACGACAACGAAAUGAACGACCUGUUGAUAUUCUUGCAAAUAUUGAUCAACAACGAGCUGAUCUACUACCUAAUCAAGCAAAUAUUAAUUAUCUUCUUAAACAACCAAUUUUUCGAACAGCAGAUGAUAUUCUUAAAAAUUAUAAACGUCCAGUGAAUAUUCGAUUCGAAAGUGAUUUAACUGCACCACCUACUCAUCGAUUAUUUCCAAUCACUUUUUAA